AUGAAAUUCUUAAAACCGGAUAUUGGUGCCUACCCGACGUAUGUGGAAUUUCAAUCGACGCGAGAGGCUCGAAUCAAGAAGGGAGGCGUCGAUGGACUGCCGGGUAAUUGCAGAAUCAACGCACAACUCUACAAUUGCCUCUCUUCGAUGAACCUGCUAAAUCAGAGCUGUGUCGAGCAAGUUUUCACCUAUGGUAGGUUUGAAUUGCUU